UAUCUCGAGUCGCUAAGGACUGUCAUGGCGUCGCCAUUCGUUCGAGGUACGCGGUCGGGCGUCGGUCGCUGUGCGUUGGGCUUUCGUGUGUGGAAAAUCGUGUCUUUCAGAAGUGCGAGACGUCGUGAUUUACGAUAUUAAACGUCGUGCGUAAUCUUAAUCAUGUGUACCGCGAGCGUGGAAUCGAGCUUUAGAGUUGGAUUGUCUCAGGUUAUGCGGGUCGGUUCUCCUAACCUAAUCUAACGACUAAUCUGUGUCUCUGUCGAAUGAUGUUUGUCAGCCGUGGUUCGUAUAGCGUUGCGUCUCGAUCCUCUCGAUUUCGCGCCGUGAUUGUCAUUAAUUGUUUAACGUUCAUAGCACGUUCAUGAACACGUUCAGUCGUGCGUGACCGGCGUUUUCAUUUUCAAUGACGUCACGUUGGUUACCGGUGACCGGCGUCACCAAACUCAAAAGAUGCGUACAAUUCGUAAAAAAAAUUACGUAAUUUGUAAAUACAAUGUAAUAGAGAUCUGAUAAAUUUUACUCUGAUGUAAACAUGCAAAUCCAACGUUCAACGUGUUAAUUCUCGUGAAUUGUGCCUAACUUGCAUUGUGUCUAACGAUUCUAACAUACAUAUACAUCGCUUAUUAUCGCGUGAUACGUCAGAUGCGUGCAAUAUUUCAGAUCGUUAGAUCGACGUUAGACCGACGAGAAUGGCGGUCACUAUCGAGUCUGUGAUAUAUCUGUGUCUCGUGGCGAUUCUCUGGGGUGUAACCAACCCGUUCAUAAAGAAAGGUGCACAAGGCUUGGAGGACGUCAAGGCCACAUCCUUUUAUGGACAGUUUGUCAAGGAACUUGUGUUUCUCGUCACUAGCCUGAAGUAUCUCGUGCCGUUUCUCGUUAAUCAAUGUGGUUCGGUACUGUACUUCCUGAUCCUGUCGAGCACCGAUUUAUCUCUGGCUGUUCCAGUUUCAAAUUCUCUUACCUUCGUAUUCACCGCGGUCACAGGCUGGUUCCUGGGCGAGAAAAAAGUGCACAGAAAUGCGUAUCUGGGAAUGAUACUUGUACUAUGCGGAACGACACUGUGUUGUUGGGACAAGCUGAAUAAAGCCGUGGAAUUGUGAUUUGCACA